AUGUUAAAGGAAAGCAAACAGAUCACAGAAUACAACUUCAGAAUGUAUUACCUGCGUCGAAUAAAGGAUGCAUUUAAAGAAAACAAAAAUGUAACAGACACAGCUCAGGUCCAGACCCUCACAGAAAAGGCUAAAAAAAAUCUGGAUGUUUUAAAACGACAGGCUUUAAUCAGUCAGAUGUACGGGUCCGGCAAGUUGGUGAUUGAGUCUCAAGCUGCCAGAAACAAAUCACAAUGA